AUGGUUUUUAAACGAGCUAUCUACAUAGUUGCAGCACGUCGUACUCCCUUUGGUACCUAUGGUGGUAAAUUAAAAGAUUUCUCAGCUACACAUUUACAAGAAAUUGCUAAUCGUGCUGUUUUCAAACAAGCAAAUUUAUCACCUGAAGCUAUUGAUAGUACAAUAGUUGGAAAUGUAAUGCAGUCAUCAUCUGAUGCUGCUUAUAUUGCUCGCCAUGCAGCUUUACGUGCUGGUGUACCAACGAAUGUUCCAGCAUUAACAGUUAAUCGCCUCUGUGGAUCAGGUUUUCAAUCGAUUAUAACCGGUGGACAAGAAAUUGAAUUAGGCGAUUCAAAUGUUGUGUUAUGUGGUGGCACAGAAAGCAUGUCACAAGCUCCAUAUGCAGUACGAAAUGUUCGAUUUGGAACAAAAUUAGGACAAGAUUUAAAACUUGAAGAUACACUUUGGCAAGGUUUAACAGAUGAAUACGCAAAAACUCCCAUGGGUAUAACAGCUGAGAAUUUAGCAAAAAAAUAUAAUAUAACACGUCAAGAUGCCGAUCAAUAUGCAUUUCAAUCGCAGCAACGUUGGAAAAAAGCAAAUGAUCAAGGUGUUUUUAAAGAUGAAAUUGAGCCAAUAAAAACUAAAGGAAAGAAAGGUGAGGAAAUCUUUGAUACAGAUGAACAUCCACGUCCACAAACAAGUCUUGAACAAAUGUCGAAAUUACCUGCUGUGUUCAUAAAAGACAAAGGAACAGUUUCGGCUGGUAAUGCGAGCGGUGUAUGUGAUGGUGCUGGUGCUGUUAUUAUUUGUGAUGAAGAAUCAUUGAAAAAAUAUAAUCUAAAACCGUUAGCUCGUCUAGUUGGAUAUCAUGUUAGUGGUGUUGAACCAACAUUAAUGGGUUUUGGUCCAGUACCUGCAAUUGAAAAUUUAUUAAAGAAAACAAAAAAACAAAUAUCUGAUAUUGAUUUAUUUGAUAUCAAUGAAGCAUUUGCACCACAAUUUCUUGCUUGUCAAAAAGUUUUGCAGUUACCAAAUGAAAAAACGAAUGUCAACGGAGGUGCUAUUGCUCUUGGCCAUCCAUUGGGUGCAUCAGGCACACGAAUAACAGCAAAUCUUAUCUAUGAAUUGAAACGACGCCAAGGAAAAUAUGCUGUUGGUGCUGCUUGUAUUGGCGGCGGUCAAGGAAUAUCAGUAUUACUUGAGCGUGUUUAA